GAGCCGUUUGGCAGGGCGGUCUUGGCCGGGUUCAGCCCGAGUAAACCCCGCAAUACACGUCGACCCGACGAGUUUUCCAGACGCUCCACCCACCUCGCGUUUUUUCGGUCCACCGGAUCUCCUCUCGCGGCGACGCCGGAUCUCCUCUCGCAGCGACGCCGGCGGCUCCCUUGCCCCGCAAACAGAAAGUAACAGCUCCGGCGACGCCUCCUUCAGCACCUUGUGCCGCCGCCUCAGCAUCCGCCACCGCCGCCGUUGACUCAGUACCCGCCCCCGCCGCCUCAGAACCUGAUGCCGCCGCCGCUUCAGCACCUGGUGCCCUCGCCGCUGAGGUUCCUGCCGACGUAGGCUCCUUCGGCCGUCCGUCCUCUCGUACUUGGAGGCUGCAGACUAGCAGAUCUCCAGAUGGAUGGAGUGGUCGCAUGCGCUCCAUUCGUUCAUCCGCCAGUUAUUCGCUUCACCUCCCCAGGACACAUGACAGAGUCCAUUUCAUCCUUUGUGAGAAGAGUGGAGGUAGGUAUAUUUUGCUAAACAAUAUUCGUCCUUAUCAUUUAUUGUCGUGCUUCUAAACCAUUUCAUCUUUGCCCUGUUUCUGUAUCUGUAACCAUUUCACCACUGCCAUGUAACAUGAAAUUUAUUCUUUACUUGUCUACAUCCCUGUUAUAAUAUCCGUCUUUUAUUUCUUAUUCAUGGCAUGAUUGUAAUUUAGCUAGGAUAUAAUGAUUACUAUUGCUGGAUGUUUGGUUUGGUGCUUCCUGAUUGAGUUAGGCUGCCGAGUGCUUCAAGUUAGCUAUGCUUUCUUUUUAAGUCCCGGACUCCCGGUUGCAUCAUGAUUUGUUGUUUUACUAAGAUGCUGAUUAAGACACAUACUUGGUUUGGGAGAAACUCUGUUGGGUGGAACAGGAAGUGCAUCAGAGACAGCUUCUCAACAUGAUGCAUGGCUCCGUUGGCGCGGCGGAGCGAUGACACUGCCACUUGCCCGGCCUCUGCUGACUUAAUAUUCGCCGAUGCUACCGCGUCCAUCUUUAAGUCGCCUCACCUUAUGUCCCCAAGCUGACAGAAGUCAAGGCCACUGCGCCUCUGAUCCAGCAUCUAUUUUAUGUAAUGUGCUUGUGACCAGAGUGUAAAAGUUUAAUUUUUUUUCGAAUUACUAUGAUCGUCCUAGCUUUGUUGUGUAAAUUGCAUUUUUGGUUGUAGAAUUAUCCCUGCCUGCCAAACAGAUGAAUAAAUGGAGAGUAUUGGUGACGAAGGGUUUUUUGGUGUAACUGUUAGGAAAUAUUCUGUCUAGAAGUUAGCGUCAGUUAUAGGCUAAUGUAGCAGUUAAUAUUUCCCUAGGAUAACUGCUUGCAGUUAACAUUUGUCCAUUGCCGAAGAGGCACCAUACCUAUUAGAAGAGACAUCAUGUCCUUUGGGAAAAGGCACCAACACUGUAACCGACUAUGUACACGCCUGUUCAGCAACUAUAAAAGGGCUGAACAGUUCUAUCAAUACAUUCAUUCGUUGCCUUUCUAUCUCUUGUUUUCUUCACGUCAUCAGCACUCGCUCUGCCGAGAGCGACUAGGCCGCCGGAGAGAACAGACAGAAAGGAAAAAUGGGUGACAUCAGUAAAAAAGAAUUCCAAGAACUACAACUUGAUGGAAGUAACUAUCUAUCAUGGGCCAUGGAUAUGAAAAUAAAUUUAAAUGGUCGUGGCCUUGGUCCCGUGAUUAUCACACCCCCCGAAAAUGCUCCAGAAAUACCCUAUGUGGCAAAGUAUGCGGCAUUACAUUUCAUAAGGCACCACCUCCAUCCCGAUUUAAAAAAUGAAUAUUUGAUGGAGGAGGAUCCACUAGCUUUAUGGAACUCCCUCAAGGAGAGAUAUGACCAACAAAGAGCGGUUAUGUUGCCGGAAGCCGAGAGAGAAUGGUCUCUCAUAAGGUUCCAGGACUUUAAGUCCGUUGCGGCAUAUAAUUCUGCCGUGCAUAAAGUUAACUCCAAACUGAGAUUUUGCAACAAGCAAGUUUCAGAUGAAGAUUUAAUCGAGAAAACCUUAUGCACUUUCCAUCCCUCGAUGAGGAUAUUGCAACAGCAAUAUCGUCAACACAAAUACACGAAGUAUUCUGAGCUUAUAUACACAUUACUUCAGGCCGAGAAGCAUGAUGAACUUCUCAUGAAAAAUCACAAUGCUCGCCCAACGGGUGCCAUGCCGAUCCCUGAAGCACAUUCUAAUGCUCAUUUUACUAAUAAAUUCGGAAACCGUAAGAGGAACUUCCGAAAAUUCAAGGGAAAGUGGAAAAACAAUGGUCAAAAGACCAAUGGUCAAUUUAAGGGGAAAGGUCAUUUCAAGAGAAAUGAUCAAAAUGACAACUCUAAAACUUGUCAAAGGUGUGGAUGUGCGAAUCAUCGUACAAACAAAUGUCGUAUUCCCAAGCACCUAGUGGAUCUAUACAUGAAGUAUGGAGGAAAAGGGAAGCAAGUUCAUGGAAAUAAGGCUGAAGCUCACUUCAAUGCCAUUGAAGACAACCCUCAAGCUAGUCCUUCUCAAAGUGCUAUUGAAGAAUUCAAGCCAAAGGACAACAUCAUCCUCGAUGAAGACAUGCUUGUGGACUACACCCAAGAUGUUUUUGGAGACCUCAAUUGAUCUCCUAAACAAUUGAUGUCACUUAGCUAUUUAAAUACUACGAUAUGUUAUAUAUUGUAUAACAAUAAGUAGAAUAAAGUCUUUCAGACUACAUGUAUUGU